GCAAUUGAUUAUUUUUACUCGACACCGGAGUCGCGGUGAUGUUUGGAGUUGAAAAUAUUUUUUAUUUAAUUUACAUAUAUUUUUUAUAAAUAAAUAAAUAAAUGAUGGCAGUUUUUCGUAUUGCUGAGAGGUGUUCGAUAUCAUCGUUUAUUAAAAUACCUGGUGUAGCUUACACGUCAUCGGCGGCAAAAACUCCAGCAGAUAAACCUGAAUCUACAGGUGAAUUCCGAGUGUUUCAAUUGAUACCAAAAAAAGAAGAAUUUGUAAAAACUAAAAUUAAUCGGAUAGAAAUACCCCCGCGGUCGGAUCAAAUGGCUGUUGAUCAAGACUGGCCGUCAGUAUGGCCAGCUGCAAGGACAUUUCAUCCAGCAGUGGUGCCGUUGCCCAUCCGUCAGGGAUAUCCUAAAAAAAAUGAAGCGCCUCCGAGCAAGUGGGGAAAUAUGGAGCUGAUGAAAAUACCAAAUUUUCUCCAUCUGACACCACCAGCUAUAAGAAGACACUGCGAGGCUUUGAAACAAUUCUGUACUGAGUGGCCAGUCGGCUUGGAGACAAAUGAAAAAUGCGACAAACAUUUUCCUCAGGAGUACAUUUACUCAGAUUACUGCUACUCCUCUCCGACAAUACGAGAUCCGUUAUCGAGAAUCGUGACAUUGAGAAUUAAAGUAUCAGCUUUGAAACUUAAUCCUCGUGCUAAAGAUAAACUUUUGCGAUUACUCGGUCCUAGGUACGAUGAAAAAACUGAUUAUUUGACUAUCGUGACUGAUAGAUGUCCUACGAGGAAACAAAAUCGCGAUUAUGCUGACUAUCUUUUGACUGCAGUCUACCAGGAAUCUUGGCGAGUGGAGCCAUGGGAGCUGGAAAAAACACUAGCAGAUAUGGAGUAUUACGACUGGGAUAAAAAUGUAAGCCGGAAAAAUCUAGUGUCCAUUCGUGCAUGGCCCGGAGAUCCACCAGAAGAUCUUGACUACGAAACAAUUCCUAAUGUUACCGAGUAUAAGAUUGCAGUAACGGAUCUUAUCAACGUCGGAGAAGAUCAUUUUACUGUUAAUAAAUAUCGUGAAUCAGUUAAAAAUUUAUUGCACUUAAAAAAAACUCAAGCUAAUUCUAAUUAAUUAAAUAAACUAAAAUUAAUAUACAUAAAUAUAA